AAUGCUUGUAAUUACAAAGGACCACUACUACAAGAGUGGUGGUUAAAAAGAUUUGAAUUCAUUUUCAGAGAGCUUUCUGCUUGAUUGGUCUUCUCUGGCUAAAGGCUAAGUAUGAGGAAAUCUCCUGUUCAUUCAAAAUAUGAGAUGGGUUUUGAUGGCAGCAAUAGAUUUGAUCCCCAGAAUGACUUUUAUGAGUUUUUAGAAGAAGCAAAACAGUAUGCUUUAGAAUCAGACUUUCAGACAUCAUCAACUUCAUAUCCAGAAGAAAGUGGAGAAAGAAGAUCAGGGCAAGAGAAGAAGAAGAAAUCAUGGAAGAAAUUACUGUUCCCGUGGUUGAAGGGCGAGAAGUUGAGCAAAACUAGCACAAAACCAGCAACCAAAUCUCAAGUAUCUGAUGCAAGAAGGACUAAUGUUUCUGGUCCGGUAUUUGGCACCGGCAAGGCAAUGGAUGGCAGGCUCCGGCGCCCCUUAUCUGGGCCUAUUAACAGUCUGUUUAGACCAACAAAAAGAACAGAUAGUGAGGUGCCCUACAAGUGUCUAGACAAGACCGGCAGCACUCAAGUUGUUCAGACAUAUGGUCCUGUUUAUCUGGUGAGAUAGAGUAUCAUGAAGAAGUUGUCAUAGGGAAUUUAAUCUCAAGUUGUCUGCAUCUUGGUGGAUGUUGACCAGAUAAUGUAGCCAGUUUUUGGUGACCAUGAGAAGAAUGUUUGACAUAGCUUUUUGCUGAAGUGCAAUGGACUUCUGAAUUCUAGAUGCGCGCUCUGUGAUCGGGAAUCCAGUAGGACAUUUGAGCCUUCUUAGUUGAGUUUUUGAAUUGUUUAAAGCAUGUGAUAGGCUAGAGAGAGAUUGUACAUAACUGUAAUGUUAUUGUUUUUCAUUGUGUGAUGCUAGAAAACAGAACGUGAUAUCCUUGACAGCAAGGUCA